AUGAUGGAUCAAAAAAUGUCGAGUUCAGGCCCGCCAAUCUCGGAGGCGCAUAUGAAAGCUCCCUCGAUUCAGUUUCCCGACGGCACUGUCCAACAGUCUACAAUUUUACGGCCUAUACACCCUUCCCCCGCCUUUCGCAAUGGCCAUGUCAAUUUGGACACAUUUUCUCCAGUCAACGAAAAUGGUAGCUUUGAAUUCGAUCGAGUCUUGAAAACCGGGCAAGUGCAUCGUCGAGUGAAACACAAGCAUGCAUUCCGAGCUUCUUGGAAGCCCGCCUACCUCGUCCUCCGCCCGAACCUCCUGUCUGUAUAUAAAGAUGAGGAAGCGACAAGACUUCGGGCUUCCAUAACUCUUUCGGAAGUCACAGCGGUUGCUCCGGUCAAAUCCCCGCGAUCGUCUCGACAACACGUCUUCGGUAUAUUCUCGCCAUCCAAAAAUUACCGCUUCCAGGCUUUGUCGGAGAAGGAUGCAGAGGACUGGAUUAGACGUAUUCGUGCUGAAACUCGUGCGGACGAGGAAGAGGAAGCCUUCUUGGCUCUGUCGCGGAAUAGAAAUGUGCCGGCAACGAAUAGGCAGCACAUCGAGGAUACUACAGAUCACUCAGAAUUCGAGUAUCCGGGAAGGGCCAGCUCGCCUGAAUUGGGACGGUCACUUUCACCUGGCCGCUAUUCCACUCGAUACGGCUCCUUACAGGACCACUCGGGAAACGAGAUUACUUCCUAUUCGGAGUGGUCUGAUGGACCUACAAGCAACUCCAGUACUCACAUGAAGCCCAACCGUUCCCUGCAGAAUUUGUCUACCUCGGCUCCUGUGGGUGGACAACAACUCCAACCGCGAGAUGUAGGUCGCAGCCAGGAGUUGGGUAUCCUCCGCGAUCCAGAGAGAGUUAUUUGCAACGGCUAUCUCCAGUGCCUUCGAAUCAAAGGCGCAGUGCGCCAGUGGAAGCGUCUGUGGGUUGUCUUGAGGCCAAAGAGCCUUGGGUUCUAUAAGGAUGAGCAAGAGUACUCCGCUAUCAAAAUCUUGCCCAUGUCUCAGGUCAUCGAGGCGGCUGAAGUUGACCCUCUUUCACGUUCUAAGAAGUUCUGUCUUCAGAUAAUCGCGGAAGACAAAUCGUACCGAUUAUGCGCACCUGACGAAGAAUCUCUUGCCAAUUGGUUAGGCUCCUUGAAGAGUAUUCUUGUUGCGCGCAAGAGGUUGGAGCCUGCACCAGGAGCAUCUGCACCAUGA